AGAACGCGCAGCGUCGGUGGUGGCUCAGGUCAGUUAGUUCUGUCGAGCAGCCGUCCACGCAGCGAUAUAUAUCCCAUUUUCUUAAAUUAGCCACUUUAAGCUUCGCGAUACCGCCCCCAGUAGCAGCGUCGGUACGGAGCCGCCAGGCCGGGACAGAGACGGAGAGAGAGGCCUCGGCCAUGGAAGCGCUCGGACCCGGCCCGCCCGCCCCUCCCUCUCUGUUUCAGCCUCCGCGGCGUCCCGGCCUCGGCACGGUGGGGAAACCCAUCCGGCUCCUAGCCAACCACUUCCAGGUGCAGAUUCCCAAGAUUGAUGUCUAUCACUAUGAUAUCGACAUCAAACCUGAGAAACGGCCUCGAAGGGUCAACAGGGAAGUGGUGGACACCAUGGUGCGGCACUUCAAGAUGCAGAUCUUUGGAGACCGACAGCCUGGCUACGACGGGAAGAGGAACAUGUACACAGCCCAUCCACUGCCAAUUGGGAGAGAUCGGGUGGAUCUGGAGGUGACUCUGCCUGGCGAGGGGAAGGAUCAGACCUUCAAGGUGUCUUUGCAGUGGGUGUCUGUGGUCAGUCUUCAGAUGCUGCUGGAAGCCCUGUCAGGUCACCUUAACGAGGUCCCAGAAGAUUCGGUUCAGGCUCUGGAUGUCAUCACACGGCACCUGCCUUCCAUGAGGUACACUCCUGUGGGGCGAUCGUUUUUCUCCCCUCCGGAGGGCUACUAUCAUCCUCUGGGUGGAGGCAGGGAGGUGUGGUUUGGCUUCCAUCAGUCUGUCCGUCCUGCCAUGUGGAACAUGAUGCUUAACAUCGACGUGUCAGCCACAGCUUUCUACCGCGCUCAGCCUGUGAUCGAGUUCAUGUGCGAGGUGCUGGACAUCCAGAACAUCAACGAACAAACCAAACCACUGACUGAUUCGCAACGCGUCAAAUUCACCAAGGAAAUAAGAGGCUUGAAAGUUGAGGUCACACACUGUGGUCAAAUGAAGAGGAAGUACCGUGUGUGCAACGUGACACGCCGACCUGCCAGCCACCAGACGUUCCCUUUACAACUUGAGAACGGCCAAGCCAUGGAGUGCACAGUAGCACAGUAUUUCAAGCAGAAGUACAAUCUGCAGCUCAAAUAUCCCCAUUUGCCCUGCUUGCAAGUAGGACAGGAACAGAAGCACACCUACCUUCCCCUGGAGGUCUGUAACAUAGUAGCAGGCCAGCGCUGUAUUAAGAAACUGACAGACAACCAGACAUCCACCAUGAUCAAAGCUACAGCGCGCUCCGCCCCCGACCGACAAGAAGAGAUCAGCCGACUGGUCAAAAGUAACAGCAUGGUCGGGGGCCCGGACCCCUACCUCAAGGAGUUUGGCAUUGUGGUACACAAUGACAUGACUGAAGUGACAGGGCGUGUGCUCCCGGCGCCCAUGCUGCAGUACGGGGGCCGGGUGAGUACGGACACCGGACGGGACUGUGGCAGGGGACUCUCUCCGCAGAAUAAAACCGUGGCCACGCCCAACCAGGGCGUGUGGGACAUGAGAGGGAAGCAGUUCUACGCCGGCAUUGAGAUCAAGGUCUGGGCCGUGGCCUGCUUCGCCCCACAGAAACAGUGUCGAGAGGACCUGCUCAAGAGCUUCACUGACCAGCUGCGGAAGAUUUCCAAAGAUGCAGGGAUGCCCAUUCAAGGCCAGCCCUGUUUCUGUAAAUAUGCCCAAGGAGCCGACAGCGUAGAGCCCAUGUUCAAACACCUCAAGAUGUCUUACGUCGGCCUGCAACUGAUUGUGGUCAUCCUGCCCGGUAAAACACCAGUCUAUGCUGAGGUGAAGCGGGUGGGCGACACCCUCCUUGGCAUGGCGACCCAGUGUGUGCAGGUGAAGAACGUAGUGAAGACGUCCCCUCAGACGCUCUCCAACCUGUGCCUCAAGAUCAACGCCAAGCUGGGAGGCAUCAACAACGUCCUGGUGCCUCAUCAGAGGCCCUCCGUGUUCCAGCAGCCUGUCAUCUUCCUUGGUGCAGACGUCACACAUCCUCCAGCGGGUGAUGGGAAGAAGCCGUCCAUCGCGGCGGUGGUGGGCAGCAUGGACGGCCACCCCAGCCGAUACUGCGCCACGGUGCGAGUCCAGACGUCUAGGCAGGACAUAUCACAGUGCCCCACUCCUCCAACCAAUCAGGAGCAACUCUUCAGCCAGGAGGUGAUCCAAGAUUUAACCAAUAUGGUGCGAGAGCUGCUCAUCCAGUUCUACAAGUCCACUCGCUUCAAGCCCACACGCAUCAUCUAUUACCGCGGCGGUGUGUCUGAGGGACAAAUGAAACAGGUGGCUUGGCCGGAGCUGAUAGCCAUCAGGAAGGCUUGCAUCAGUUUGGAGGAGGAUUACAGGCCGGGCAUCACCUACAUCGUGGUUCAGAAACGUCACCACACUCGCCUCUUCUGCUCUGACAAAGCUGAGCGGGUGGGGAAGAGCGGUAACGUCCCAGCAGGCACCACGGUGGACAGCACCAUCACACACCCGUCCGAGUUCGACUUCUACCUGUGCAGCCAUGCUGGGAUUCAGGGAACCAGUCGCCCGUCCCACUACCACGUCCUGUGGGACGACAACUGUUUCACUGCCGAUGAACUGCAGCUCCUCACCUACCAGCUGUGCCACACUUACGUCCGCUGCACGCGCUCCGUCUCCAUCCCAGCGCCGGCCUACUACGCCAGGCUGGUGGCUUUCCGAGCCCGCUACCACCUGGUGGACAAAGACCAUGACAGUGCUGAAGGAAGCCACGUGUCGGGCCAAAGUAACGGCCGGGACCCCCAGGCGUUGGCCAAGGCAGUCCAGAUCCACUAUGACACCCAGCACACCAUGUACUUUGCCUGAGUUAGCGGCAUGUCAGCCAGUCCACCUGCGGAUUCCCCUUUUUACUUCUGUCUUUUUAAAUCUCUUAUUUGCCCGUCUCUCUCUCUCCUGGUCCCAUAUGUUUCUCUUUGUUUGUAGUCUUGUCCCCUUCUCUUCACACUCACUGUACAAUUUCUAAAUCUGCACCAAAGUGGCUCUCUUGACAGGAGAGAUGGAGGCGCGGGGCAGGGCGCGCGGGGUGGGUUGGGAGGGUAUAACCUGCUGUGUCUCAAUAUGUCCAGCAGUUUUUUCAGUUUUAUUUUAUAUAUUAUUUCAAGGAACCAUCGCCAACCAGCGUUCCCAAUCGAGCCGCCCUUUCAAACCAGCAAUCCAGCACUGCAAACCCCGAGAGGUUUCCAAUGCACAAAAAGAGAAAAACAAAAACCAACCAUACACACAUAUACUACAAGUUGAGCCAUUAUUUUUGAGUUUGUUUUUUCUAUGUGAAUGUCUGCACUCUUGUGUUUGUAAGAUACACUGAGCGAGGGAGUGGACUGGCACAAUGUGUGUCAGUCAGCGCUGCUCUUUGGCUCUCCCAGCUAAGCAGGACUCUUAUCUACUUUUACCUCAAAGCCCCUUCGGGCAAAAUCUGUCACAAGGUCUUGGGUUUAUUGGGUGGUCGGGAGGGAACUCUAAAUGACAAGAGAUGAAGGGGAGUCGACCUUUUGCGAAUGAUAUAUAUAUCUAUAUAUAUAAAUUAUAUAUAGAUAUAUAUAUCUAUAUAUAUUUUCCUUUUUAUGCGCGUAUGUUUUAACCUUUUUUCUCCUCUUAUGGUCUUUUAACAAGCGAGGUGACCUGGGUGUCCAUGCCCAUUACUGUUUUCCUCCCAUUUUAUCGAAGAAUACACAGGUCUGUGCGUGUGCGUGCGCAUCUCUGUAUAUACGUGUGUGUGUGUGUGUGUGUACGCGUGUGUGUGUGUGUGUGUGUGUUUCAUGACAGGCCACUGAAUUGUAAAGGGAAAUCAAGGCGAUAACUGCUGUAAAUGCAUCAGAUUUGUUGUUUUUAUAUUCACACAUACAGUACAUAUAAGCAGAUAUUUACAUCUAUAGAGCAACUUUGAGACAUAUGACUUAAUCAGGCCUCGUAGAGGCUGCUGUGGGUAUUUGUAGCAGCUCUGGGUCACUUGUUCAUUUGGAAUGCUUUGAGGUGCAUUUUUUUUUUUUUUUAUGGGAUUUGCACAUUUAGGAGCCAAGUGCUCUGUUUGUGCUUAAAAACAUAUAUUAGAUCCCAGAAAAAUGCAACUGAAUCCCAUUCCAGGGGGCAAGUGAAGGCAGGUCUGGCCGUAGCCGUGGUGACGGAGGUCUGAAGGCAUUAAACACAGAGUAUGGUCUUUAUCAGCCCUGCUGUCUGUCUGAAAAGCAGGAUGUUAUUUUUCUUUGGACCUGAUUAUCUGAAAGAUUAUAUGAUGACACUGCUGGGCGUUGCUUCUCAUUUUGUUUUUGUUUUUUGUUUGUUGUUCUAGAUGUAGUAUCGGCCGGAAACCAACGUAUUUUUUUUUUUUAGGUCUCCUUUGCUAAUAUUGGCCAAUUCAUUGCACUGACCCGGGACGCUAGGCAAGCAACAGAGGGCACUCUCAAUCUCUCUUAACUUUAUGCAUUUAUACAUACGAAUCAACAAAGCAGAUUUGUAAAAGUUUAAUAUAAGAUGUUUUGUGGUUAUCUUAAAAAAAACAGACAAAAAAACCCAGUGGUUUAGAAUUAGUAGUUUGCCAUGGAUGUUGUUGUUGUCGUUAUCGUUGUUGUCAUUGUUAAUAUUGUGAUAAUUUUAUGGUGAGCAGCAAAGCCAGUGAUAUAGUUACUAGUGCGACUUCAGGAACAGACCUCAGCAGUUGAGCUGCAGGUUAGGACGUAGAGCUUUGGAAAUAGUUUUGUAGCAUUCUGGCUAACGGUGAGAAGAAGUAGACCCCAGGAUGGACGAGCUCAUGCUUCCUCUGCAGGUUCUGAUGCGAGUGAUGAACACACCGGCCUGCCGCUGUGUUCAUCACUCGGCUGGUAUCGGCUGGGCGGGAUCAGAUAGGUGGAGACAAUCUGGGAUUGUAAUCCGUAAGAACCGAGAUUGAGGGGGUUUGUUUUAAAGAAUGAUUUGCUUUGGGCAAUGAGUUGAAUUUUUAGACUUUAAAAAAAAAAUGGUUUCUUACUCUUGUGUAUUUGAAAUAUACCCACCUUAAAAUCUCUAUGACAGUGUUUGUUUCAUGUUUUUAAUGCAUUUUUAACACUGGAUGAAAUGAAUUGACAAUAAGCAUAAGCACUGCCCGUGGACGCCCCGUCCCCGUCCCCCUCUGUCCACUGCUAUCGGCGGUGUGCUGUGGGGACCGUUGCGCAGGUGGAGCCCCCUUGGGUUGUGGUUGGGCGGAGCGUUUGGAGAAACGGUCGACGUGCACGCCUCGUCAGGAGGGGACCGCUCAGUGGAAACCCUUUUGUAAUAAACCACCCGUAAAGCAGCAGGUUUACUAUGAAUGAGUUUGAGCGCCCGCCUGCUGAAGGCGUGGGCGUUGGCACAGACAGGACCAGGGGAGCAGGAUGGGGAGUCGAGGGGAACGGGACGGCGUUGUCCAGGCAUUGCAUGCAAUAAGUUAUAUUCCCUUUUGAAAAGAGGGGGUGGGUGGGUGGGGGGGGUUUAAAACGUGCACUAAUUUCACAGAGCCACGUGGGCUAUGUUGGAACAUUCAUGUGGCAUCUAAGACCGGCAAUGAUUUGACAUUUUUUAGUCCUGUAUUUGAUCUUUAAACUCGUCCGUCAGUGUGAUAACUGACCACUCCCUUUUCUGUUUGUAACAUGACAUUGCAAAGCAAUAUUUACCCAGUUGUCAUUUUGAAAUGUGGAAAAACAAAGCUAUAAUUCUCAUUGUGGUCGUUGCUCUCUCACUAUUGUGUAUCCGUAUCUUUAAUUCUUUUAAUUGUUCUGUUUAUUUUGUAUUCUUUGCUUGUAUCAAUCAGUGGGAAUGUGCAUUUGGUGGAAUAGUUAUUUAGGCUUUAGACCAUUUUCAUUAAAGUAACAAUUAAGACUUUGCUCACCUGCAUGCCAGAGUAUGGUCCUUUUUUUUAAAAUAAAAAAUAAAAAUAAAAUAAACUUUUGGGGAAUCAUAUUUAUUAAGAGAGGUUAAAAAAAAAAUAAAAAAACUUCUGGGAGGGAGGGAGGGGGGGGGGUUGAAUGUUUAUCAAUUUAGUGGGACUGUUUUAGGUUAGCAAUAUCUGUCAAGUGUCUUACACGGCGCUUUUUAAAGAUUCCUAGACAAAUGUCAUUGAUUUGGAAGGUACAUGCUCUUUUCUGAGGGGAGGGGGCCCGGCUCUUCGCAUCGUGUCCAUAUUCAAACGAGGUACUUUCUUCAAACGUGGACCCGUUGGAGGCCGAACCCCUCUCCUCUCUGCCAGGUUACCGUAGCGAGUGUCCACUUUGUCCCCUCGUUCCUGGUUUGUACCCGCGGCCAAGCCUCAUGAUGGGGACGAGGGGCUCUCCUGUCUCCAACUCUGCAGACCCCUCACAAAUGCACUUCCUCUUUGUGAAGGGGUCCCCAUGGCAUCAAGGGAGCAGGAUUACCUCUUUUUAACCUUUUUAAAAACAAUCCCCAAUUCUUUCUGUGACCCAAUAGAGAGAGCAUGAAUUAUUUUGAAAUUCCUCUCACUUUGAUAUAUUGUUAUAUCUUAUCGGAUUUGUAAUUUGACAUUGUGUAUUGUGUAAGUUGUUUUACUUUUGUUUUCCCCCUUUGGUUCCUUUUGGGGAGGGGGGGGGGUUGUUAUAGCUCUGCUCUGUUAGUUUCAUUUUUCUUCUGCUAGUGGUCUCUGUGAGUGUCUGACAGCAAUAGAAUCAUAGAAUUGUAACAUUCCAUUUCUGUGAAUGGAACGCUCCAAUUCUAUGAACAAACGGAACCCUUUCUGACCCGUGUGAGGGGGGCCGGGUAUGUUCUCGCUACGCCCCCUAACAGAGAGCCCAUCACUUGCUGUUGUUGCUAUUUGUGACAUUUUGAAAUACUUUUUUUUUUUUUUUCUUUUCUUUUCUUUUUUUUAGCCUGCAGGGAAUUCUUGUGUUACUGUGCAAAGUAAUAAAUUGGUAUUUUAUGCCUACUGUA